ACACCAACAGAUCAUAAGGUACAAAGAAGUCAACCAUUACACCAACAGAUCAUAGGGUACAAAGAAAUCAACCAUCACAUCAUCAAUAAAGAAAGAAAACAGUAUCUUCAACCUAUGACUAUAUAUCAAUCUUAUAUACCCAAAGGAUACAACUUUUCCUUUAGGAAAUACAAUCUGGUACACUCAGGUUUUGCACUGAGAGUUUCACACAAAAACCUUGCUCCUGUUGAUAACCUUCUUGUCAUCAACAUGUGUGUUAAAAUACUUAGUUGGAUAACAAGUCUCUCAGAUAUGUUACCAUGGUAACUUGUCUGCACCCAAGCACAACACUUUGAACCAAUCAAAAUAUGUUAAUGUUUGUGUAUGCAAACAAUUUCAUGAUAUGCAGAUAACAUAGAACAUGAAAG